GGGGUCGCUAUGCAAUGCGCCAUGGAAGAACCAAAUUCAUCUCCGCCGCCGCGUUUUCCGGUCUUUCUCCGGCGAAAAUUCCUCCUCAGCAACAGGUGUGCGACGUCCUUGUGGUUGCGUAUCUCGCCAAAAAUCUGUCUCUGUCGGGUACACGGAACUUGGAUUCGAACUCUCUCCCGAUUUCGGAAUCUCUCGUCCUCCAGAUCCUUCGACGGAUCUCGUUGGAACUUUCCAGAAGACUGGAUUUUUUCCGAUGGUGCUCUUCUCUAAGGCCCAGCUACAAACACUCCGCCGCGGCUUAUUCCCAGAUCUUCCGUACCGUCUGCCGCGCUGGGCUUCUCGGAGAAGUUCCCGGUCUGCUUGGUCUGAUGAAGGAAGAUGGUGUGGUUCUCGACCAGGAAACUAGCAAGGUACUUCUUGACUCCCUCGUCCGCUCGGCGAAGUUCGACACGGCGCUUGAAAUUUUGGAUUACAUGGAGGAAUUAGGAACUGACUUAAGCCAUAAGUUGUACGAUUCUGUUCUUGUUGCUCUGGUGAGGAAAAACCAGGUGGGUCUUGCUCUAUCCAUUUUCUUCAAGCUUCUGCAAGAGUCUAAUAACCAUUGCGAUGAUCCUGAUGGUGGUGGAAGUUCGUUUUCCGGAUCUGUUGCCCUAAACGAAUUGCUAGUUGGUCUAAGGAAAGCUGGUAUGAGGUCGGAAUUCAAACAGGUUUUUGGCACAUUAAGGGAGAUGAAAGGAUUCAAGUUUGAUACAUGGGGUUAUAACAUAUGUAUCUAUGCAUUUGGUUGUUGGGGCGAUCUGGAUACUGCGUUGAGCUUGUUCAGGGAGAUGAAGGAACAAGGUUCAGUCUCCGGGACUUCUGCUGGUCCUGAUGUAUGCACAUAUAACAGUCUGCUUCAUGUGUUGUGUUUGCUUGGAAAAGUGAAAGAUGCUUUGAUCGUGUGGGAUGAACUGAAAGUAUCUGGGCAUGAGCCUGAUGCUUUCACGUAUCGUAUAGUGAUCCAAGGUUGUACCAAAUCUUACAGGAUGGAAGACGCGAUGAAGGUUUUCAGCGAGAUGCAGUACAGUGGGUUUGCUCCUGAUACCGUUGUGUAUAAUUCUCUUUUAGACGGAAUGCUCAAGGCAAGAAAAAUCACAGAGGCAUGCCAGCUAUUCGAGACGAUGGUUCAGGAAGGAGUUAGAGCGUCUUGUUGGACAUACAACAUUCUGAUUGAUGGGUUGUUUAGGAAUGGAAGGGCUGAGGCCGGGUAUACCCUGUUCUGUGACUUGAAGAAGAAGGGGCAGUUUGUUGAUGCUAUUACUUAUAGCAUUGUGGCAUUGCAGCUUUGCAGAGAAGCAAAGCUUGAGGGGGCAAUUAAAUUGGUGGAGGAAAUGGAAGCUAGGGGUUUCCUUGUGGAUUUGGUUACAAUAAGCUCGCUCUUGAUCGCGAUUCAUAAACAAGGACGAUGGGAUUGGACAGAGAGGCUUAUGAAACAUGUACGGGAGGGUAACCUGGUACCUCAUGUUCUGAGAUGGAAAGCUGAAAUGGAAGCUUCAUUGAGAAGUCCUCAGAGCAGAGAGAAGGAUUACACCCCGAUGUUCCCGAGUAAAGGGAAUUUCAUUGACAUCAUGACUAUGAUGGGUCCUGAGGAGCCUAGUUCCAGCGUUGAUGAAACAUCGCAUGUGGAAGAAGAUGAUGAUGAUCCAUGGUCAUCAUCACCAUAUAUGGACCAAUUAUCCCAUCAAAGCAAUCAACCUAGGACGUUGUUUGCUUUAACCCGAGGGCAGAGGGUUCAAGCAAAGGGUACAGAUUCAUUCGACAUAGACAUGAUAAACACAUUUCUAUCUAUAUUUCUGUCCAAAGGGGACAUCAGUCUGGCCUGCAAAUUGUUCGAGAUAUUCAACAACAUGGGCGAAACCGAUCCGACGAGUUACACCUACAACUCCAUGAUGAGCUCCUUUGUGAAGAAGGGUUACUUCAAAACGGCGUACGGGGUGCUCGAGCAAAUGGGAGAGAAAUUCUGCCCAGCCGACAUAGCAACGUACAAUGUGAUAAUUCAAGGACUGGGGAAAAUGGGAAGAGCCGAUCUAGCCAGUUCGGUUCUUGACAGACUAACAAAGCAAGGUGGGUACUUGGACAUUGUGAUGUACAACACAUUGAUGAAUGCAUUGGGGAAGGCGGGACGGGUAGAUGAAGCGAAUGGACUGUUUGAGCAGAUGAAGCGCAGUGGAAUAAACCCGGAUGUCGUGAGUUACAACACCAUGAUCCAAGUGCAUAGCAAAGCAGGGAGAUUAAAGGAUGCGUACAAGUUCUUGAAGAUGAUGCUUGAUGCAGGUUGCUCACCGAACCAUGUCACUGAUACAAUCCUUGAUUAUCUUGGCAAGGAGAUGGAGAAAUCUAGGUUCAAGAAAGCGUCGUUUGUACGGAGUGACACAAAUGAUUAGUUUUAUGUAAUGUAACUUUUGUACGGAACAAUAAAAUGGUAGAAGAAAAAUCCAAGAAUUUUGUA